UCCCUGUGUGCUGUAAUCACUCGAGCGCUCUACCACAACAACACUUUCUCCUCACCUUUCAGGCGACGACAGAAACACCGUGAUGAAAACCAGCGUUCUUAAAGCAGUGGCCGCGCUUGUUGCGCUGACUGUGAUGACGUGUCCGGUGGAUGCGAAAAGUAGGACUGGAGCAGCGGGUCAUCGUGACGUGGCAGUCAACGAUGGUGAUCUCCGGAUCGCCGUGAACACGAAGUUUGAUCAUAUCUUCGCCGACAUGCGCCAAGACAUCGCUAACAGCGGACUUGAUCCCUUGCCUCUUGCAUCGGACGAAGACUUCUUCACCGUCACCUUGUUUAACCAGUCGAUGAACGGCAGCGUAUGGGUAGGUGAUGGUUCCGUGCGAGGUCUUGGCACCAUCCAUAGGACGGGUAACAUGAGUCUGGACUACGGCCUCCUGGAUAACGAGCUCAUCGUGGCUGGGGAGGUCGGCCUCACAGGCCUCGAGGUUACGUACUCGACGAGAACAGAGGUCGGAUUGAUGGGGUCGCAUUUCACAUUCAUUUUCGGUUUUCCAUACUUGAGCGUCAACUUCAAGACUGAUGUAUUUAUCUCACAAGCUAACCUGACACUCGAAUACUGCUUCAUCGAAGACUUCAGUUACUCGCACUUGGACCUGAAAGGAGUUGGUCCUGCUGACACGCCGGUGUACAUGCUGCUUGUAAAUAUGUUGCUACAGUUGCUCAACGACGGUGUUCAAGCAGCAGUCGAGACCGAAGUGUGUGAUUUGAUACAUCAAGCCGUGACAGGCAGUGCAUCUGUGCUGUUCUGAUGACCCACCGCAGGCAACGCACGCUUCUUUCUCAGCAAAGAAACUCUUCGAAAUUUUAUGGGAACUUCAGCUUACAUAAUAAAGUUCCAAAAGCACA